AUGCUCCGCGCGUUGCUUCCUGUUAUUGUCUCCGCCGGUGUCCGGGUCCCGAUCUGCAGGCGUGAUGGAUGUGGAGGCGGAGCUCACUGUAUCGGAGGCGGAGCUUACAACUUCAUCACGGUGGAGCUGGACACUCAGCCGGUGGAGUACGUGGUGAAGUGGGCCGAGGCGGGCUCCAAGUUCACCAUCGCCUGCCUGAAGGCGGAGCCAGAGCUCAGCGACUCCCACAAGAGGGACGACGGACAAUCAGAGCUCCCUGAAGGGCUGCGCGUUGACCAGUCAGAGGUCGACUCGUUCUUGGCUCCGUAUGAGGAGGUGUACGUGGACCCCUGUGACCCUUGCGACCCCUGUGACCCCUCAGAGGUCACUCACAGUGUGGAGGUCAGGACCGACUGGGACUCGGGCUCCGAGGACGACAGCCAGAUCGGGGAGGUAGUCCUGGAGAACGUCCAGCCAGACUCUGACCAGGACCUGGACCUGGACUUGGACCAGGACCCGGAUCAGGAUCAGGACCAGGACUGGGAGGAGCGUCAGCACCGGUGUGCAUACUGUGGGAAGGUGUACAGCCACGCCUCGAGUCUGUACCGCCACCAGCAGAGCCACACGGGCCAGAGCCGAGCCAAGAGGGCCCUGCCAGAGUCCCGCAGCCACACCUGCCCUCACUGCGGCCUCAGCUUCAAGGGCAGCAGGAUGCUGGGCAGUCACCUCCGUCUCCACGGGAAGCGGCGCAUUCAUCCGUGUAACAUCUGCGGGAAAGAGUUCAACCACAGCUCCAGUCUGUCGCGUCACCGGCUCAUCCAUAAGAAGAACAAAAUGGCCGCCAUGUCCCCUGCCCACUCCAAGAUGGCUGCCAUGUCCCCUGCCCACUCCAAGAUGGCCCCCAUGUCCCCUGCCCACUCCAACAUGGCCGCUCUGCAUCCUGUGAAGAAGAGGCGUGGCAAACGUGCUCCUGCCCCCGCUGUAGCUCCGCCCCUCCAGAAACUCUACGCUUGUCCCCAAUGUGACAUGAGCUUCAAGACGUCCACGCAACUCAACAAGCACCAGGUGACUCAUGUGAAGGCACUCCUGGGGCCCCUAGGAGCCGAGUCUCAAUCCGACCUAAAGAUCCGGCUGAAGCUGUGUUCUGGCGACAAACCAAACGUUUACGCUCUGUGUGAGAAGAGGAGGCGUGGCCUGCUGACCUCUGACCCCUCUGAUCCCUCUGACCCCUCCUCCUCCUCAGAGGAUGAGCCAGCUCCACGGGGCCGGCGUCAUGGCUGCUCGCAAUGUGGUAAGCGCUUUGGCCACGCCUCCGGCCUUACGCGGCACCUGCAGACACACAUGAAGCUAAGCCCCGCCCACCGCCGCUCUGGCAAGACCUACAGCUGCGGCACCUGCGGGAAAACCUUCCUCCACUCAUCCUCCUUCUCCCGCCACAAGAGGGCGCACCGCGAGAGGGAAGAGAGAGAGGGGGGAGGGGGGGAGGAGGGAGCACCUAUUGAGUCAGAGUCUGAGUAA